AGGGCGAUGGACCCCAAAAUGAGGGACAUGGGGAAAUCUAGUGGCAGUAAAAAGAAAAAGGAUAAUGAUGUGCUUGGAAUCGCGGAUUCCCCGAAGGAUAGUCCCCUGAGCAAGAUAAACGGAGUUGGGGAUUCUAAGCCACCUCCUGAUACGGAUCCGUACGAGUGGGAAGAUGAGACAGAAACGAGUAACUGGAGUGAGAACCAGAAACGACAGGUCAGGAAUAAAACGGAGAAGAAACGAAAGGAGAAGAUCAGAGGGUUCAUAAAUGAUUUAGCUGUGCUGUUACCUCCUGACAGGGGUGUCCCAAAAAAACAGCAAUGUAUGAACCUGAUCUUGGAACGGACAGUCGAGUACAUGAGCUUCCUCAAGAAGCAGAACCAGGCCCUUCUCUUGGAAAAGGGCGAUGAACAGCAAGCUGAGGAGAUCAAACGCUUAAAGGUAGAGAUCACGGAACUCGAGCAUGAGCGGGACAGGUACAAGAAACGUGCAGAAGAAAAAGUUUCAGCUGGUUUUCCUGAGCCUGACCCGAGCGAGAUGUGGGACUACCGCAAGGACUUCAGUCAUAAGAUCGACCCAGAGAAAAUCGAUCUUACAAAGUUGAUCAAGGGUCUGAAGAAAAACAACGACGAAAACAAACUUGAACAAAACACGGAUGGAAAAGAUCGGAAAAAUCGCGGGAAAAAGCAGAAAAAGACUGUGAAAUCUCACUUGGAGGAUGAAAAGAGGGACACGCGUCCUGCGGAUUCUGCGGAAUUUCCGGGCCAUGUUUUGAAUCUUAUUGACAGCGCUGGAAACGAAAAGGUGCAGGAUUUAAGUUCAUCUCGGACAAAACCGCAGCAUGUGCAGGAAAUUGGUAUGGAAGUUUCUAAACCUAGUGCUACGAAAUCAGACGAUGUUACAACUUCUGAUGUCGAAGUAAUUGCGAGCAGUAUUUCCCAAGCUGAGACCAGUACUGCUGUUACCGGUUCCGUUACUGUUCAAACUGACCAACCGGAUAUUUUGGCGCUGUCGCUGAGUGGUCAGUUGACGCCAAAUUCUAUUGGACCGUCUUUUGGUAACCCGAUGGAUGUCAGCCCCGAGGCUGAAAAUCCUUUGCAGACGUUAGCGUCGGUCGCGUCAAAUACGCAAAAUUUGACAAGCGCUGUACAAACUUUAGGGGGAAACUCUGUGUUCCCUCAGUAUAGUCCAACGACAACGCAAAUGACGCAGUCUUUGAAUAUCCCGAUUAUGUCGACUAAUCAGAAGGCCUUGAAUACUUCAGGUCAGGGCCUAAUGAUGCCGCCCCAGAAUGUGCCAUUUUCUGGUUUACCGAAUCCCGGAGGUGGCAUGUUCGUCAUGAAUCAGCAUGGCCAGUUCAUUUUGAUGAACGACCCGUCACAGGGUAUGAUGGAUCCGAACUUGGCUGCAGGUAUGUCUGGCGUUCAACAGGUCACGAACGUUCCCGGCUUGCAACCUGUUACGAGCACACCUGCAGCGCCACCUGUCGCCAAACCGAAAAAAGCAUCGAAGAGUAAAAAGUUAGAAAAUGUCAAUGAUGGCAGUAGUACGACUGUCGUCUCCGGCACUGGAGUCGUUAUGUCUACGCAAGUUACGACAACAGCAGUGUCGACUCCUAGUGUUACGACACCACAACCGGAUGGUGCAAUGACUUUCGCUGAUCAGAAUGCAUACACGCAGCAGAUUCUCGCAGGUGGAGGUGUGCCGCAAAUGAUACCUUUAAGUAACGGACAAAUGGGCUUGCUCGCGCCCAAUCAGUUACCAUUAUUAGCCAAUCAGCAGCCAGGACUUGGGAUGCUGCCGCCUGGAUUAAUACAAGGCCAAAACGGCGGCAUGGUAUUUCCCCCGGGAUUUCCUAAUCCACCAAUGGGAGCAGUUGGACAGUCGAAUCUCCCAUCAGCUCUGAUUUUACCAAACGGACAAAUAAUCCCCGUUGUGACGCAGCCAAGUAUGUUAGGUGUUAAUAAUGGUGUUAUACCCACCAGCCAGGGGGCACCUCUCAUUAUACCGAGCUCAAAAGCGAACACUCUUGUCUCUCAACCAACCGGUGAUAUUUUUGUACCGGGAAUGGGCCAGAUGCCAAAUUAUCUCAACAUGGGUUCCAUGGCCGGCCCAGCACAGAGUUAUGGAGGUUUGCUGAUGACGACCCAGAGUAUGACGACCACAGCACAAACAACGAUGAGUGAUCAGUCGAGCCAAACGAACGUGACAUCGUCAGCACAACCUACAGUGACACCUUCGAUUUUACCAUCGUCUAGUGAUACAUUCCCGCAGAAUUUAGGAUCGAGUAUGAUGGCAACACAGCCAACUUUCGCGUCGUCACUGAGUCAGCCGCAUUUACUCGGACAACCACCAGUCGGUUUACCACUUCCGCAGUUCAUGCUUGACGGUGUCAUGAAAAAUAGCGCUUCUCAAGUCUUAAGUGGACAAGGUCAGAUUGUAUUCAACUCAAAUCCAGACAUUGGUCAGAAGUUGGUCAAUAGCUCAACUGGAGGUCAAGGUCUUGUUCAGGGUCAAGGCCAGAUUAUCCAGGGUCAAGGUCAAAUGGGCGUUCCGAAUCCAGGAGUCUUGCAGCCUCCUUUAGCAGGCAUACCGAUGGUGAAUUCACAGGGACAGAUAACUUUCAGUAUUCCGCAAACAGCGGCCAGUAUUCCGCAAACUGCGGCAAAAGACAGUGCAGGUAAAAUGCCACCUGGGGGCGGUAUGAUUAGUUUCGGUCCCGGCGGAAUCCUGCAAUCCGGAAUUUCACAAGCAGCGUCGACAAUCGGGCAGACGCAGUCUAACAAUGCACAGUCAUCAAGCACAGCAGUGAAUACCUCCGCUGGAUUCAAUAAUGGAGGCGGCAUUCACACAAGUUCAAGCGGCGUCCGGAGUCCGUCGGUGUCGUCUGGAUCUGGGCCACAAACUGUGCAAGUGAUCUCAUCCAAUGGGUCGCUAUACCUUACCUUGCCCCAAGGUGCCCAGCACCAGGGGCCGAUUAUCAUCGAUCCAAGCAGCUUGCCAAUGCUGCAGCCAAAAGUGACAAGUUCUUCUGCAGGGCAGCCUAUUGCCCCAGUGCCACCUGGAGUCGUCAAAGGAAAAAAUAAAAAAGGUCAGCGUGUCUUAAUGCCCAAGCCGCCGUUAAAUAUGAUGCACCCAAUGUGGCAAAAUCAGGUUUACAUAACGGAGAAGUUGCCUGAGGCGAACAGAGAGGAGGAAUCUCAACAAAAAGUUGCGGACGAGAAGGACAAGAUGCCUGAAACCACAGCUACUCAAGACAUACUCGCUAAAGCCGCCGAAUCAAUCUUCUCAUCUUCGAUGGCGGAUAUUUCGCCGACGAUGUAUGGUUCUCCCGAUCAGGCGUUACAAAUCGACACCGCCGAUCAACACGCUGUUGCGCCUAGGAAGGAUUCCGCGCGUAACCGCAGCCGCAAGAAGAAGCCGUCUGUGUCGAAAGUGGUAAAAGUGCAGAAACUUACCGAAGCAAAUGCGGCGCAGAAAGAAGAAGAAAAUUCGGAAAAUGUGGAGAAUACUGCAGUAAGUUUGUCUUCUGUGUCUACAGAAGCUGUUGAGUCUGUGCCAACGAAAGCAGACGGCGCGGUGUCAACUUCGACAAACAUUGUCAACGCGGGACAAACUUCUCAGUAUUCUAUGCCGCUAUCUAUUGUCGUGUCCGAAUCCAACUCGACUCCAAUUACAAGCAACUCGACUCCGUCAUCGGGAAUGACUUCAUUGAACAUUCCUGAUCUCUCUGCGCGACUUUUAAGUUUUACGAGCAAUGUUGAGACGACGAAAGUUUCUAACAGUAAUUGUAGCACUCCCACUUCUAAUACGGCGUUGGAGGAAGCAAAACUGUCUGUCCCGGAGGUAGCAGAUGAGUCGAAAAAUGUGAAGAAAAAGCCUACGUCGCCAAAAGACCCCACGCCAAAAACUCGCAAGCGGAAUUCCUCGAAGAAAAAUAUAGUCACGUCGCCAAAGAUCAAGCCGAGUAGUUUACCGGAGACUAUCAUGUUUUCAGAGGCAGAUUUGUCUGAUGUUUUGGAUCAGGUAGAAAAUCUUGAAAUUCCUAAUGCAGGUGGUGCGCCGCCGAAACCUGGUCGAUCACGAGGAAAGAAAAAUAAAUCUGCGGAUAAGGAUGAUUCUGGAAAACCGGACAAGAAGAAACGGAAGCAGAACAAUAAACAAAAUGAGUACGAUUUUCAGGACGAUGUUUUGCCCGAGGAUCCCGGUCUUCACAUUGAUUUGGAUCCACCGUCUUUGACCGAUAGUUCCCCGGCACAUGUUGUUAGUCCUCCGACGAAAGUUGUAACGUCAGCUCCCAGUACGCCUGUAGCGCCCUCUAUAGGGUUUGUGAGCCCCAAACCUGUGGAGGAGCCUGCACCGACACCAGAGGUCUUGCCGGAGCCUGAGCCAGAGCCGGAGAAAAUGGAUAUUCCCGAUGACGACCAGGAGGAACAGGCAAAUAAGCUUUUGGAUAGUCUCGAAGAAAUGAUCCAGGCUCCCUCUAGUGUUAAUUCCACACACCAACCAUCACCGGCGAUGCUGUCGUCACCAGCGAUGAUGUCGCCUCCUGCCACUACGAAUGAUCUUCCUGAAUUAUCGGAGGCCAAGUCGGAGAGUGUGAGUGUGAUGGAGGCUCUUGGUCUGAUGACAAGUACGGAUGUAUCCCAGCCAUCUCAAAUGUCACCGCCUAAAUUGACCAGUGUUAUCUCGCCAUUAAGAUUACCGUCACCAAUGCCAGAGAAAUCACUGACUGAGACAGUGUUGGAAAAUUUCCCUACGACUACUAGGGGAACUUUCCCUGCAAAUUCCAGUCCAUGUGUCACACCACCUAGUAGCCGAGAAGUUCUGCGCGACACUUGCGACAACCAGCCGCUUGGGAAUCCAAGUUUGUUUGCAGAUAUUCCUAUUACCAAGGAACAGCCACUUGGCAACCCAAGUCUGUUUGCAGACGUUCCUAUCACCAAGCAGAAGACAUCCCCUGAAAAGCAGACGUCAAUACAAAGUCCCGGUUUUGCAGACACUCCACAGAUUACUCAUCAGAAUAAUUUCAAUCCAUACGAAGCUAGUAUUCCAUCGGGUAUUGAGAUGGAUAUUCCAAGUAUUGAGGUGAAAAAUUCUUCAUGUAAUCAUCAGGAUGGACGGAAAAGCAUUGAACAGAUACCCAAUACUUCUCUUGCCAGUCAAAUAUCUGGAAAUUCAGCCAAUCAGUUGAGUGGAAAUUCAACCAGUCAGAUGAGUGGGACGUCAGCCAAUCAGCUUCCUGGAAAUGCUCAGCCACCAUAUCUUAGCCAUUCUGUUGAAUCAUUAUUUGGGUCGACGGGAAAUCGCAAGGAAUCUGGUCGAACACCAGAUGCAAGUACAGUGCCAUCUAUUCCAGAGAAGGAGCCCGUAUACCAAGAAACGGCUCCUGCACCGCCUAGCCAACCUGCUCCAGCUCCUGCACCUGCACCUGCACCGGCGCCGCCUCCUGCUCAGCAGAAGAGCCCUUCAAAGUCACGUAGCUAUCACCAAAGUACAGGCAGCCAGUCGAAGAAAAAGAGCAGAAGUUCUGCUCCACCUCCUCAGCCCAAUUUCUACUCUGCUGAAAAUCUGCUGCACUCUCAGAAUCAUGGUCGCCAUCCGUUACACAAGGAUAUGCCACCGAUGUUCCCGUCCCAAGGUGGUGAAGGUGGCAUUCCUUGCAAUAUGCCGCAUAGAAACGAAGGUUUUAACUGCAACCCUCUCUUCUUGCCACCUACAUCUUCAGGGCCAAAUAUGCCACCAACGUCUAUGCCAUUUAAUAUGCCGUCAUCGUCGUCAGGGAUGCAGCCUCCGCCAUUUUCAUUUAGUUUGUCUUCGUCCUCUUCGUCUGCUCCAACAAACACUUUCAGUCCGCAGUCGUCGCAGUUUUCAUUUUAUCCAUUACACCCGCCUCCAAUAUCGUCGCAUAAUUCUGGCCAUGGCCCCAUUACGGGACCUGGGCCACCAGAUACAAACAUUGGAUUAAAUUUGCCACAGUUUGGAAUGGAGAAUCCGGAACAGAACAAUCCAAGUCGAGAAAUUCCUCGGCCGAAUCAGGAGAGUCUUACGUCGCCCCCGCAGGUUUCUGGGAAUCCGUCGUACCCAAAUUUUAAUCGGCCAACGAACAAUACUCGUGUUACAGGACACCAUGGACCUGGCCGUAACCAGUUCAUGGAACCAGCGCCACCUUUGAUGCAUAAUGAUAAAGACUUGGCUAACUUACCACCACCUCUUCAGCAGACGCAGUUCAAUAUGGUGGACUCGCGGAGACCGGAGAUGAAUCCGCCGCCACCGCAAUCAUUCCCAGAAAUGGGUCGAUCACCUUCGAAUGCGUCGGAUCCAGGAUCGCAGCGCUUAAUGCCCGAUAUGGGACGCCACCCGCCUCAGUUCACUGACAUUCCGCCCCAUCGUGUGAUCCCGUCGCAACCGAGGCAUCCAGAAACGAGUCCAUCGCAGCCAAAUUUCUCAAAUCAUCCAAAUUCUGGAGCACAAGGUCAAAACCGGCAGGAAAUGAACUUGCCACAUUCGCGGUCAUCUGAUAUGGGCAGGUCUCGGCGACAGUCUGACGGCGGACAUUCACGAAUGAACGAUAUGGGCCAGUCGCCCAGAAUUGGCGAAAUCAACCAAUCGCCAAACAGAGAAAGCAGUCAAGGUCAGAAACGUCUGUCUGACAUAGCGCCACCUUUGAACAACCAACCGCGUAGUCGUCCAAGUUCAAUAACGAGUCGAUCGCCUCACGUAAUGAACAGUUUGCCGGGACCAGGACCGUUCUUUCACUCCCCGGGGUCAACGUUUGUAAAUCAGGGCCCACCUCCGCCAGAUCUCACGAGCCCCCCCUUACGACAUCCAAGUCGUGGACCGUUCGAGGCGGGAAAUUUCAAUAAUCAGCCACCGCAGGAUUUCAAUCCCAUGUUGAACUUUGGAGCAUCUGGUUUCGACCCGCCACCUUUAGAGUUACGUGAAACUAAUCCAGCCCCACCACCACCACCACCAGCACCACCGACUUCGCAAUCGUCCGCCUUUAAUAAUAAUCAGGCCGCGCCGCCUCCGCCGUCACAAAGCACAAAAUCAACCAAUCAGAGAUCGGAGAGUACACGUGCACCGAAACGGACUAGUAGUGCUAAAACGACAACUGCAAAACCACGCGCCAAGUCGAAAAAACAGACUCAAAAACAACAGCAACAGCAACAGCAAUAUGAAAUGGAUACAAACCUGCAGAAUUCGAUAUUUGAGCCAAAUCGCAGCAUGACGCCAUAUUUUCCAAUUUCAAAUAUGUCGUCGCCGCCGCCUAGGAAUAUGCAAGCAGACGGACCAACUUAUAUUGGCAAUUUAUUUGGUGGGCCUUCGCGACCGCUUUCAAACACUGGACCUUCACCGCACCACAAGAACUCUGAGGUCAAUGCUCCAUUUAAUUCAUUGUUUCCGCCAGGGCGGCCGCAGAAUGGAUUAGGGUUGAAUUUCCAGCCGCCAGGUUUCGGUAUGAAUCACAUGCAUGGUAACCAUGGCAACCCGGGGCCGAUUCCGCCGCACGGGAACUCAGUGUCCGUCACGCCACACAUGCCAAAUUUCAACCUGAGUAACUUCUUCCAGGAUAUAAACAACCCCGGCCAAAACGACUCGAUAAAUAUCUCGCCGAUUAAAUUCCCGCACGGCAAUCCUAUCCUGAAUCAGCAAGGUAUCGAUCAUCAGUUGCAGCAUCAUCACCAGCCGGGAAUGUUCCACAAUCGGCCACCACCCCCUGUGUUACAUAACGCCAUAAGUCUCCUAGGACACCAACAUCAUGGUUUCGACUCCAGGCAGGUGGGGCAGCCGCUAAACAGUUCGAUGGGGCCACCAUUCCACGGCCACGGUGGCGCACCAUCUUUUGGGAUGCCACCAGGGUUAAAUUUCAAUAUGCAUGACCAUUGAGCCAGGUUUUGAAUUUGGUUUCUGUUCAUUUAAUCCAAUGUUUGCCCACUCAAUGGUUCCAAAAUAUUUCAAAAUUUGUUUCGAAAAGGGAUUUUUCCAAUACUCCCAAUACAGUAGAACCGCUCUAUCAACGACGCCCUCUGAACUGACAAGUGCUGUCCUUAAUAGAGAGGUGUCCUGAUUAGAGAGGUCAAUUUGAAUGGAAACAACCAAUUUGGGACCUCAACUAGUGUCCUUAAUCGAGAGGGUGUCCCUAGUAGAGAGGUGUCCGCUAAGGGAGGUUCUACUGUACUUUGAAUCGGCACCACGAUUGGAAGGAUUUACUGUAGCAUACACUGUUGUGAGUAUGCAUGAUCAGAUACAAAAUCUGUAACUGUGAUUUAUUAAAAUUUUAAGUGUGAAUGGUAGCCACCAAAUGGCCAAAUAUUGGGCCAAUCCUGAUGGGUUGAAAUAGUCUAAACUUGGAUUGAAUAAACAUGAGAGUAAACAUUACUAUGAUUAGAUAUGUGAUAUUCUGCAUUGCUCAGUAUUAUUGGAGAAAAAAAUUCCACACCCAUAACUAGCUGUGGAAGUAUACUGUGAAAUGAGUUCUCCAGCGGUAAUUGAAUGUCAGAUUUCGUCUGAAAAGAAGGAUGUGACUGUGAUUUAUUAAAGUUUUUUAAGUGUGAAAGGUUCAGUUGGAUAAUUUAAAAGUCUGGGAUCACCAUGAAAUAUCAAAAUGAUUAGAUUUGAGUUGGGGGAGGGGUGCUAUAUUGUCAAAUUUGAUAGAAUCUGUGUUGAAUAAAUUACUGUGGUUGUCUUUUCCAACAAUUGACAUGGUAUUUAGUUCUAAAAUUAAGUCAUGCUGUGUUAAAUUUUUUUAAAGUAAUUGUAUUUGAAUAAUAAUGGAUAUAAUUUUUUACUGGAAACAAAUGUAACUUUACGUGCCAUGUUGAACAGAAUUGUCUGAAACUAUUGAAUUACCUGUCAAAUGAUAAUAAUUGUUUUAAUUGUUUUAUUUUUCUAUGAGAAUAUGCAUUUUGGUGUGAUGUGAUUCUUUCCUUAGAUCUAAUAAAGGCAAGAUUAUUAAUAUGUAACAAAAGUGGGAAUACUUUAGAGGACUAUUUACACUGCUCUACUCUACUCUGUUAACCUAUUUGCUUGGAUUUUUGCGAAAAUGCAGAAUUUUAAUUUCCCCUCUUUUGUAAGCUUUUCAAAAACCUGGCUCAGUGGUGUGGUUAUCUCAAAACGCCCAUUCAUAGGCUGAAGUAUAGAUUAAUCUAUACUUGAUAGGAUGGAUAAAGUGUCGGUGCUAGUGUCUUCACCUUGAGUAUAAGGCCAGGCACCAUAGACCGUAGUUUGGCCUGAGCAGGGGGGAGGGAAUCCUGGAUAAUUGGAAAAUUCUGUCUAUGUACUGAACGACCCAAGAUGGAUUGGCAGAGGGAAAUGGACGGUCGUGUUCCCAAGCUCGAAAUAUUCAACGAAGAAAAUGAUACCUGUUUUUACUGCAUCUCCCGAUUAAGUUAAUGUUGGAUUAAAAUAUUGGGAUGACUGAGAAGGAAAACUUGUUUAAAUCUGUGUUUAUUCAUUGCUCGGUUUCUGCAGGCAAUGUUGUUUUUUAUAAUCGGCCAGGUGCUUGCUGGAAUAUUUGUAGAAUCUCACAAUUGUUCAGAACACCCCUUUAGAACAGAAUCGUAUGACCUGUGGCUGAAUAUUUGUAUAAAAUUUGCAUUAAAUGUGUAUAUCAGGGUCAGACCACUCUUGUUUCAGAGGGGUGCUUUAAUGUAGGUCACUGCCAUGUAGAUUGUGCACUGCAAUCAGUAGUUCUGACAGGUUGUCCCAGAAAAUUUGUAAAACUUUUCUGUGACAUUCUGUAGAAAUAGAUGUAAAACUUUAAAUACUGUACAUUGUGUAAUAAGAUAGUGUAUGUGCUCCCAUACAUGUAUAUAUGUGAUUAUAUUUGUACCUGUACUACUGUGUGUUAUGUGUCUUGUAGGAUACAUGUUGGUUCAAGCUAAAAUAGGUAUCUUUAGGUUAGCGUCAGAUGCAUUCAUUGGCUACUAUUUGUGUUACAGCCAGUUGGAACCAGUAGAAGUGUCAUUCAUUUUGCCACUUGACACUUCCUCUACCGUACCGCACGGUUUUGGAAGCGUAUAGAACCCCUGGUCCGCACCCGGUAUUGACCGGGUGACCUGGAUCCCGACUUGGCCUAGGAAAAGUUUCAUUAUAAAAUAGCAAGCACUACCCAAUCUUUGGGACGAGGUCUGUAUUGGAGUGACUGCAGUGCUGCCAUCUCGUUUUCCAGUCUCUGGCGAAUGAUAGAACUGCAUAACUUUGGCUUGAUCGACCUGCACAGAAGGCGAAGAAUAUGGAAAAUUUAUCUUAAUUUUUUCCGCGACACCCGUUAUUCGUAUGACAGUGACUUUUUACCAUGUCUGCGGGUAGGUUGGAGUUAUAAUAGCCAAGUUUUCUUUGAUUUGCUGAAACUCCCUCAGAUUUUUUUUCUGAGGAUGAUAUCAUUGUUUUAAACAUAUCAGAUUUUUAUUUUAUUAUGCUUCUUACGUCUGUCUCAGUUGAUUUUAGUUUUUGUUGACUGAAGAUUCUUGCUGAGCAUUGUCAGUUUAAGUGAAUUAUGGCUGUUACUGUGUGUUUGCCACCUUGUGCCUGAAAUAUUUUGCAAAAAGAAAGGAUAGGAAAAACCUUUGAAAUUUGUAUGGCAAUCCCUUUCUCAUAAAAUCAUGAAUAAUCAUGAGAAAAAAUAUUCAUGAAAUAUGGUACACUGCAAAUUUUUGCAAUUUGCAAUGUUUAAAUUUUUUUGGCAGUUUCACCUUCCUUCUUACAGAUUUUAGCAUAAAAGAAAUAAAAUUUUCAGCUAUUUUUCUGUGAAUCAAGAUAAUUCACCGAAUCUGCUCAACUAAAAUUUGGCGCCGAACAGUACUUCUUGGUUUUAAUACCAGUAGGUCUGUGAGCUACUCCAACAGGAGCACUUGCCAUACUCCUUUAAGGACUCUUGAUUGGCAAACAUGAAUCAGGCAAAAAAUUCAUCUUUAUUGGAUUAACCAUUAAAAUUGGGCUGCAAAUGCAGAAUUUAAUUGACGCCAGAUGAAAAAUUAUGAAAUUCACACACUUUUGGCUCCGCGAACGUUACCAGAUUUACUGUACAUGCCGCUAAAAUUGAGGACCACAAAAAUCAAUUGCCACCAUGUCCGGAUUCCCCCCCUUGACGGGGAGUGUGGUGCUGCGGAGGACGUUACAAUCUCUAAGGCUUGUAUGUCAAGAUGAUGGUAUCUUAUUGGUGUAAAUCACAAACACAAGCAUUUAGAACAAGUAGUUUUUGGGUAGACUUGAAGGAAGAUGUUGAAAUUUGUUAAGUUACUAAAUUAUGCAUAAUAUAUCGAUUUUUGUAGACGCGUGUAGGUACUGAGGCCAAAUGUCAGCUUGUGUUAAUCAUGUAUUGCCAAAAGGAUAAGACAUUAGCUUUUUGAGUUUUGAGGCCAAAUUUUUACUAUGAUUCCACGGAAGGAAGUCUCUCAUGCCUGUCAACAUAAAUUAAUCAUGAUUUUUUUGAGAAUUAUAUUGCACUAAGGCAGCGGUUGCUUUAGUGGGACACAUUAUCUGUUGCCUCGAAGUCACCAACUCUACUGUAGGGACAAGGUUAGUCCCUCGAUCUCCCCAGCUAAUGUGGUAAAUGCUAGGAUGUCGCUCAAAUCAUUGACAUCAGUAGUAGAUGUUUUAUUGAUAGGAAGAUUGGUGGUCACAAAACUUAAUUGAUGUUUUCUAUUCGAAAUAUCUGUGAAAUUACAGCAUUUGCCUCUCAGCACACAGUUAAAAGAAUCCAGGCCUAGCCCAAUACACGGUCUGUUGUGUUUUAGCAAAGCCUGCAUCUGCCCAGGUCUAAAUUCCCAUUGUUCUACUGUCUUGUCAAAGGGUUAUCAGGGGAGAUCAUGAUAUUAUCGACCCUCACGAAACCACUUUCAUGGGGACAUUCGGCCUGAACCAGCAAGGGCAAUAAGCGUAGUGAGGUAUUCAUCCUAAAUCUUGAUGCUGCUGUGAGUGUCAUCAAUCAUAUUGUUUAUAGGCUGGCUGUCUCCUCAAUUUUAUCAGUAAAUGCUAAUGUACAGUUUUAGUGUGCAUCAAAAAAUGUACACAAAGCUUCUCGUUUAAGGUAGAUGUUAUCACUAAUUUGCAAAUAUUGUAAAUAGAAUUUUCUGGGUUGAAAAAGAAGCCGCACACUGUUUUUGAAAUAUCUGAAAAUAUUUUUGGCCAACAGCAGUUACAUGAGUGGUCUAUUAGUACAUGUUCACUGUGUACAAGCAUACCGGGCUAUACACCCAUUGAAAAUAUUCUUUUUUAUGCAAGGUAUUUUAAUACCGCUUGGGCACGUUUUCAAAUUGGCUACACAUUAUGUCAUUAAAAUGUGCACUUGUUCACCUUAAACAAUGCUAUAUGACAACAAGUCUGUAUAGCAGGGUAUGUGCUUGUGACGUGCUGUAUAGCAGGGUAUGCACUUGUGACAUGCUGUAAAGCAGGGUAUGUGCUUGUGACGUGCUGUAUAGCAGGGUAUGCACUUGUGACAUGCUGUAAAGCAGGGUAUGUGCUUGUGACAUGCUGUAUAGCAGGGUAUGUGCUUGUGACAUGCUGUAAAGCAGGGUAUGUGCUUGUGACAUGCUGUAUAGCAGGGUAUGCGCUUGUGACGUGCUGUAUAGCAGGGUAUGUGCUUGUGACGUGCUUGUCCACAGUGACCUUCGUCAUGAACAAAUAUUUUUUAUGAUAAAUGUCGAUGUUUGCAAUUGUAACAGAUGAUGGCCUCUUUUUACACCCAGUACAUGCUGAACUGGCCCGAGUCAGUUGUACCAAGAAAUAUUCGUGUCCAUGCAUUUAUGAACUUUUUAUACAUAAUAACUUGUACAAAUGCACUGUUGUAUAUAUUUUUACUACAGAGAAAUACAGAGAUUAUGUCAUAUGAA